GGACCUGUGAUCAUCGACGAAUCCCCCAUCGAUGUCGGACCCGUGAUCAUCGACGAAUCCCCCAUCGAUGUCGGACCCGUGAUCAUCGACGAAUCCCCCAUCGACGUCGGACCCGUGAUCAUCGACGAAUCACCCAUCGAUGUCGGACCCGUGAUCAUCGACGAAGCACCCAUCGAUGUUGGACCCGUGAUCAUCGACGAAUCCCCCAUCGAUGUCGGACCUGUGAUCAUCGACGAAGCACCCAUCGAUGUCGGACCCGUGAUCAUCGACGAAGCACCCAUCGAUGUUGGACCCGUGAUCAUCGACGAAGCACCCAUCGAUGUCGGACCCGUGAUCAUCGACGAAUCCCCCAUCGAUGUCGGACCCGUGAUCAUCGACGAAGCACCCAUCGAUGUUGGACCCGUGAUCAUCGACGAAGCACCCAUCGAUGUCGGACCCGUGAUCAUCGACGAAUCCCCCAUCGAUGUCGGACCCGUGAUCAUCGACGAAUCCCCCAUCGAUGUCGGACCCGUGAUCAUCGACGAAUCCCCCAUCGAUGUCGGACCCGUGAUCAUCGACGAAUCCCCCAUCGAUGUCGGACCUGUGAUCAUUGACGAAUCCCCCAUUGAUGUUGGACCUGUGAUCAUCGACGAAGCACCCAUCGAUGUCGGACCCGUGAUCAUCGACGAAUCUCCCAUCGAUGUCGGACCAGUGAUCAUCGACGAAGCACCCAUCGAUGUUGGACCCGUGAUCAUCGACGAAGCACCCAUCGAUGUCGGACCCGUGAUCAUCGACGAAGCACCCAUCGAUGUCGGACCCGUGAUCAUCGACGAAGCACCCAUCGAUGUCGGACCCGUGAUCAUCGACGAAGCACCCAUCGAUGUCGGACCCGUGAUCAUCGACGAAUCUCCCAUCGAUGUCGGACCUGUCAUCAUCGACGAAUCCCCCAUCGAUGUCGGACCCGUGAUCAUCGACGAAGCACCCAUCGAUGUCGGACCCGUGAUCAUCGACGAAGCACCCAUUGAUGUCGGACCUGUUAUCAUUGACGAAUUCCCAAUUUCUGUUGGACCAGUGACUAUUGACUCCCAACUGAACCCUAUGCUCGUUAAAAUCAUCAUCAAUGUUAACUCCAAAGAUCAAAUCGAAGUGUCUCCAAUUGAUGUUGGUCCAGUAAUUAUUGACCCAGUUCCAGAACCUGAACCUGAACCCUCACCAAUUGUUAUUCCUGAGCCCGUAUUCCCUGCACCCCAACCUUCACCCGUCAUUCAAGAAGCGGAGGCACUAAACUAAGCUCCACUAAUCAAAUUUAAGUGCUUAAAUAAAUUAUUUUAUUUAUGA